AUGGCUGCAAACAACACCGGACAUACUACUAACGGCGCCAACGGCGUCACCAGCGUCGAGCCUAGACUAGCCCGCCUGCCUCGCACAUCAAUGCCGCAAGAGGUAUUGACAGUUCUCCUGAGAGACGGCGGUCUGAUACUGGAGCAAAUAGCCGACCACGAAGACAUCGACAAGGCCGUUGAGGAGAUCCAACCUCAUCUCCUUGGCCAGGCAAGACAUGAUGGCGUUACCAUGCCGAAAGAAAGCAAACAAGUUUCAGGUCUGGCGGGCAAAAGCCGCACCUUUGCAACCAAGCUUCUGGCCAAUUCGUUAUUCCAAGAAGUGAGCAAUCUACUGCUCUCGAAAACGACCACCACCUACUACGGCAAACAAAAGCAAACCUCCGUCAGCAGGCCUCAAGUCACCAACACCAUGGCCUUCUGGAUUGGACCGGGAGCCCAGGCCCAAGGGCUGCACCGAGAUGACCAGUGUCAUCACACGCGACAUCCCGCCAAAUAUGAAACCGAGCUGGGCAUGAUGUUCGCAGCGACGAGGUCGCAUAAAGCGAAUGGCGCCACGCGAGUCGUGCCAGGCUCCAACAAGUGGGACGACCAGCGAAAGCCUCGAUUAGAUGAGGCGGCCUCGGCGGAGUUGGAGAAGGGUGAUGCCUUGAUGUGGCUUGGGUCAACCUACCACGGAGCAGGUCAGAACACUACCUCGGAUGAAUACAGACUCCUGUUCGCGGGGUUCAUGACGCCUGGCUGGUGCCGCCAGGAUGAGAACCAGUAUCUGGCUUACAGCUUUGAAGAUAUCAAGGACUAUCCGGAAGAUGUUCAGAAGCUAUUAGGCUACUAUGUAAGCCGUCCGUAUGGUGGCUUCGUGGAACAGAUGGAACCAUUGGAAUUCUUGAAGUGUAAUGGCGACUGGACCAAGUGGCGGCCUGGUGACCUUGUGUAA